AUGGCUCAGGCUUCAACAUCAGCUAUUCCCCCCAUCCAUCGGGUGCUCUUCUUAAACUCAACAAGAGACCCAUACGACAUCUCAGUUGUCGAGCAGCCCACACCGCAGGCUGUACCAGGCAGUGCAGUCAUCCAGAUCCUAGGAGCCGCCGUCCUGUCGUACGCCGGAGAUAUCUUCAGCGGCCGCAAGCCCUAUCCAUAUCCAACACCCUUCGUCCCUGGUUCCUCUGCUAUCGGUCGAGUUGCUGGAGUCGGAUCCGACGCCACAAAGCUCGAAGUGGGUCAGCUGGUCUAUUUCGACUGUUAUAUUCACGGCCGUGACGAUCCAGACUCUUCGAUCCUUCAUGGCCUAUUUUACGGAUUCGAUCCUAGCAGCAACAAGCUCAUGGAAAACGAGUGGAGGAAUGGUACAUAUGCCGAGUACUCUAAAGUGCCGUUGGAGAAUUGCUUCCCGUUAGAUGAGCAGAGACUCCUCGGUAGCCCUGCCGAAGGGGGCCUUGGCUAUAACCUGGCCGACUUGUCAUAUCUCUCCAAAUUGGCGGUCCCCAUCGGAGGACUUCGAGUUGUGGACGUCAGAGCCGGUGAAAAAGUCAUCAUUGCGCCGGCCACUGGGGCCUUUGGCAGUGCGGCUGUAGUCGCCGCAUUGGCAAUGGGAGCGCAAGUGAUCGCCGUGGGACGAAACCUCGAUGCACUGGAAAAAGUGAAGUCCCUCGGCCCGGAAGGAAGAGUUAGGACAGUUCAGAUCACCGGUGACGUGACUCAUGAUGUCGGAGAGUUAACCAAGUCCGGUCCUGCCGAUGUUUUCUUCGAUAUAUCACCUGAGCAAGCAGCCAAGAGCACACACUUUACGAGCUGCAUCCAGGCCUUGGGUCGUGGAGGUCGGGUGAGUCUCAUGGGGCCAUUCAUGGAGUUGUCUUUACCUAUCAUGGCCAUGAUGGGAAAGGAUAUUACUGUCAAAUGCAAGUUUAUGUACACGAAGGAGGAUAUAAGAUUUAUGAUUCGGCUAGUUGAGGCUGGUGACUUGAAGCUUGGUCAGGCUGGAGGUGUUCAGGCAGCUGGCCUGUUUCCACUGGAGCAAUUUGAGGCUGCCUUUGAUACGGCUGCCAAAAUGGGUGGUCCGGGUAUGCAAACAAUUAUCGCUCCUUGA